UUACAUUCUUCAUCAACUGCGAAAAUAAUCGCUGGCUCGAAUUUUUUUAAGUGAUGGGUGACAGUUGACGAGGGUUGUGGAAAUAUUACGGUCUGCAACUGUUUUCUCUCCGUCGUUAUCCUUCUCUCUCGUGGGGAGGAGCCAUGACUUUAUUGGGCUGGUGCGGUGUCGGCGUGCUGCUGCUGCGCUGCUGCGGCUGCCUGGUGUCCGCCGAGCAGCUCGCUGUGGUGGCGGUUCAGCUGGAGCAGCGGCCCGGGGUCAGCGCCCUGCUCCAGGGGGAGCUGCUGGGCUCCGGCUCCGAGCUGGGGGGGCAGGACCGAGAAGAGCUGGAGGGGAACCUGGUCCUGGUGCCAGAUGAGGAGACGCAGGUGAGCGGAGAAGAUGAGGACGCCACCAGUGAGCAGGAGCCCUGGAUCGGGGUGGUGCCUGUGGAGAUGGACGACAGCAAAGCCUCCACUGGGAACCAGGAGUCCUUCACCGACGCAGUGGUCAGUAAAAUGAAGCGAGCGCUGGUCCUCGGGGCUUCGGCGCUGAUCAUCCUGGCUCUCAACCAAAACACCGUCAGCGAGAUGGACUUGUCUCAGGUCCUGUCCAAGCCCAUCAUCGUGAUCCAGACGUCGGAGAAUGUCACCAAGCUGAUUGGAGCUCUGCUCAGGGGCCUUCGGGCAACGGCUAAAAUCACCUACGAGAGGAUCCUGCAGGACAACCUGGGAGCCACGCUCACGCUGUGGUCCAGCUGCGGCCGCUCCAGAGGAGGCCUCUACGGCGAGUGGCAGGGCGUCAUCUGCACGGGGGAGACCAACUCCCAGGUCCAGAAGUACCUGCAGCAGCUGUGGGACACCGUCCUCCUGGUGGCUCUGAUCCUCUGCACGGGGGUCAUCGUUCAGGCCCGCUGGCAGUACCAGGACCACCAGCUGAACGACAACUUGGAGCUCCUCCCCAAGCAGGAUGUUCUGAAGAGGAUGUCGUUGCUGAAGACCAGAACGUAUCGUCAGCCCAAAUCCUGGUGUGACCCGUCGCAGGCGUCGGAGAUGGAUAUCUGCGCCGUCUGUCUGGAGCCGUUCAACAAUAACCAGUGUCUGCGGGUGCUGCCGUGUCUUCACGAGUACCACAGAGACUGUGUGGACCCCUGGCUGCUGCUGCAGCACACCUGUCCUCUGUGCAAACGCAGCAUCCUCGGCAGCGUCUGCAAAGACAGUUAACAGUCGUUUGACGUCUGGCGGCGGCAGCUCUGGGCAUCUCCUCGUCUCCACUUUAACACUCCAGACGUCUUUGUUUUUUCACCUGAUGUCACCUCAAGACUUCCUCCUCCCACCCGUGGAUCGUGGGAUCAGAUCUAAACCUCUCAUGGACACGGCGUUGGUACAAACGCCAUGCUUUGACGUACCUUCUGUUGCGUUAAAACUGUGCAGUUGUUUGUGUAUUUGUGAUCUUCAGGUGUGAAAGUGUCUCUCUGGACAUCUGAGCAACAAAACGUGGUUCUUCUGGGUAAAAACCGAAUACCAACGA